AUGUUUUCCAGGGAUAAAGAUUUUGCUUGGAGUAGCGCUCAGGAUUCGUCAGGUGCGUACUUGAUAGACCGCUCUCCACGUUACUUUGAAGUCAUCCUCAACUACUUAAGGUAUGGCAAGUUGAUUCUGGACGAAAAUUCAAAUCUUCAGGCCUUGUUAGAAGAAUCUACCUUCUAUGGCUUGACGAAGCUAAGCGACAGUAUCAGAGAGGAAAUAAAGCAGAAUACGCCUAUCGACGAUCAUUCGCCUUUGACCAGGCGAGAAGUUGUCAACAUAUUGAUGCACGUUCCUUUCAACCAGAACUAUCAACUUCGAUUUCAAGGAAUCAAUUUUGAAGGUUGUGACUUGUCAAGUUUGGAUCUAAGGAACAUUAACUUUAAGUACGCAAAUUUGCAUAAGUCAAAUCUGACGAAUUCAAAUCUGUCACAUUGCAAUUUGGAGCGCGCCAACCUCUCCGAAGCAGUCAUGGAUGGAGCCUGUUUGCUGGCCGUGAAGAUGAUGUGCGCAAAUUUGGAUGGUGCCUCAAUGCGAGGGUGCAAUUUCGAAGAUCCCCACCAGAGCAGAGCUCUGUUAGAAGGUGCAAGCCUAAAGGGUGCCAAUUUGGAAAACAGCCUGAUGUAUGGUGUUAAUUUACGUGUUGCAUCCCUGAAGAACGCUAUACUGCGCAACUGUGACCUUAAAAGCGCCGUUUUGGCAGGCGCAGAUUUAGAAGUAAAUUUUCUUAUUCUCGAAUUGACAACUGUGACCUUUCUGGCAGCGAUCUUGAAGAAGCUAAUCUCAGAGGCGCAAAUUUUAAAGGCGCUACGUUGA